ACAAAAGCAACUCUCCUCUGGAGAUUUGCUUCAACUAUCUGCUAUUACCACUCUUAUCUUGAACAAUGCGUCCUCUGUCUCUUAACCCAUCUCUUUGCUCUUCUCGUUUCCCUUUCUUCUCCUUCUCAAACCCCAUUUUCCUCAAAUUCAGAAACAACCCCACAUUUUUUCAGAAAUCACGAAAUGGUCCUCCGUUUUUUAUCCUAAGGUGUUGUAGUUCUGGCCCUGUAACUGCUAAGCCUUCGUGGGAGCUUCAAAGGAACCGUGGUGUUCAAGAACCCGAUGAAAAGGUCGUCGCUCUUCGCCAGCUUUUUUCCAAGCCUGGAAUUGGCAUUGAUGCUUAUAUCAUUCCUUCUCAGGAUGCUCAUCAGUUGGCGAGUUGUACCGGGGUUGGCCCUCCGGAGGGUUUCUUGUUGCCGGACGUCAUCGCUGAAUGCUACACGAGGAGAACCUAUAUAUCAGGCUUUACUGGCAGUGCAGGGAUUGCUGUUGUCACAAAGGAUAAGGCUGCUCUAUGGACCGAUGGUCGCUAUUUUCUGCAGGCUGAGAAGCAAUUGAGUUCAAGCUGGAUUCUCAUGCGUGCGGGUAAUCUUGGAGUCCCGGGAACUAGUGAAUGGCUGAAUGAUGUUUUAGCUCCUGGUGGCCGAGUCGGGAUUGAUCCUUUCCUUUUUUCUUAUGAUGCUGCAGAAGAAUUAAAGGAGGCUAUAUCUCAGAAGAAUCUUGAGUUGGUUUACUUGUAUGAUUUAAAUCUUGUGGACGAAAUAUGGAAGGAAUCAAGACCAAAACCCCCGAACAAGCCAAUUAGGGUGCAUGAUCUGAAAUAUGCUGGUGUUGACGUGGCGUCCAAAUUAUCUACCCUCAGGGCCGAACUAGUUGGCACCGGUUCAUCCGCAAUUGUUAUAUCCAUGCUUGAUGAAGUUGCCUGGCUGCUGAACCUGAGAGGAAGUGAUGUCCCACAUUCACCUGUUAUGUAUGCGUACUUAAUCGUGGAGGUCAACGCGGCAAAGUUAUUUGUAGAUAAAUCUAAAGUCAUGCCGGAGGUGAUGGAUCACUUGAAGAAGGCGGGUGUAGAAUUAAGGCCGUAUGACUCCAUCCUUUCAGAAAUAAGGAGAUUGGCAGCUGAGGGGGCUAACCUUUGGUUAGAUACAUCAUCGGUUAAUGCUGCUAUUGUGGAGACCUAUAAGUCCGCUUGCGAUAAAUAUCUUAUGAACCGUCGGAGUAGAAGCAAAACAAAGAAUAAACAAUAUUUUGAAUCCGACGGUCUCUCUGUAGGUCCUUUUGGAGUUUAUCUGCGAUCCCCAGUUUCCUUGGCCAAGGCAUUGAAAAAUCCGUCAGAAUUAGAAGGGAUGCAGAAUUCUCACUUGAGGGAUGCAGCUGCUUUGGCACAGUUCUGGUGCUGGCUGGAAGAGGAAAUUCAUAAGAAUGUGAAUCUCACUGAGGUAGACGUAGCGCACAAACUUCUUGAAUUCCGUUCAAAGCAAGAUGGUUUCCUAGAUACGAGCUUUGAUACAAUAAGCGGUUCGGGUGCAAAUGGUGCUAUUAUACACUAUACACCUCAAGAAGAAAGUUGUAGUGUUGUGGAUCCCAAUAAAUUGUUCCUAUUGGAUAGCGGAGCGCAAUAUGUUGAUGGAACUACUGACAUAACAAGGACGGUACAUUUCGGUGAUCCGACUGCCAGGGAAAAAGAAUGUUUCACUCGAGUCCUAAAGGGUCACAUUGCUCUUGAUGAGGUCGUAUUUCCUGAAAACACCCCAGGUUUUGUGUUGGAUGCGUUUGCCCGCUCUGCCCUUUGGAAGAUCGGACUUGAUUACCGCCAUGGUACCGGCCAUGGUGUUGGAGCUGCAUUAAAUGUCCAUGAAGGUCCACAAAGUAUUAGCUUUAGAUAUGGAAAUAUGACCCCUAUACAGAAAGGCAUGAUCGUUAGCAAUGAACCCGGAUACUACGAGGACCAUGCCUUUGGCAUUCGAAUUGAGAAUCUCCUUUGUGUACGAGAGAUGAAUACACCUUAUCGUUAUGGAGGAAUCGAAUAUCUCGGAUUCGAAAAACUAACAUAUGUCCCCAUUCAGACUAAACUGGUGGACUUAUCUUUGCUCUCCGUCAACGAGAUUGAAUGGGUCAACUGUUACCAUUCACAAGUAUGGGAAAAGGUUUCACCAUUGCUGGAAGGCUCUGCUAGUCAAUGGCUUUGGAACAACACUCGGCCCGUUGAUAAACAAUGAUUCCCAGUCCCUAAAUUUCCAUUGAUAAUAAAC